CAACUAAUCACUAUUACUUUCUCGAUAACUAUAAUUAAUAAAAUUGGACACUGGACAUAAAAGCCCAAUGUUAAAUACAUCACACGUGCAAUUAUGAUGUUCUUGAUUCCUAUCAUCUCAGUUUCUUGUGCACUAAUCCAAGGUUUGAUCUAUUUAAGCACUUUGUGGCAGCAUGUCAUAACUCACAUCUGUUUUAAAAAAUAGAAAAUAAAUAAAUAAAUCAUUUUCUAAGGCAUAAGAAGAGCAAAGUAUUGAUGCUUGAUCAAGCGACUGCAUCAGUUGAUACUGCUACAGACAAUUUGAUACAACAAACUCUUAGAUUACAUUUCGCCGACUCAACAGUCAUAACCAUUGCACAUAGAAUCACUUCUGUUCUUGACAGUGAUAUGGUUUUGCUUCUUCAUCAAGGAUUAAUUGAGGAAUAUGAUUCACCUUCAAAAUUGCUAGAGGAUAGAUCAUCAUCUUUUGCUCAACUUGUUGCAGAGUAUACAAUGAGGUCUAAAUCCACUUUUGAGAAAUCUGCUGAUCACUGAUUGAAAAAAGGUGCAAAAUACCAAAACUUAGAAAUUUCUUGACAAUGACGAAAAUUCAGGGGGAAUUACAAUCUAACUAGUAGAGUAGUAGUGCUCAUGAUUCUUCUGUCAUUCAAAAGUUGUGAUAGAAAAGUG